AGUGUGACAGGGACAGUGGAGCAUGCUGACUACAAAGCCAGGGAUGUAAAUCCCCCUGCGCAUCGUGCACCAGCAAUGAUCCCCAUCGCAGGAUUUCUUAGAGAGGAAUGGAACAGCCAUGAAUGGUGAUGCACUUAAUCAAGACUCUUCCUCCCAGCUUCCUGACUGGAAGGAGUUCUGUGAGCUUCAUGCACAAGCCGCUGCAGUGGACUUUGCCCAGAAAUUCUGCCAGUUUUUAAAGGAGAACCCUCACUAUAAUGCUCCAGGAGCAGAGACAUCUUUCUCCCACCAUUUUGCUGCCAAUUUUUUAGAUUUCUUCAGUUUUGAGGUUAGCAGGGUAUAUGUAUCUGAUUCUCCAACAAAGUAUAACAUUGUACCCUUCGUAGGACUACAAAAUUGCCAGGUGCCUUUAGCAAGAGAUUUCGUCUCCAGGAAAGAGGAAACCUCCACAGAGUCAUUAGACAGCAUGGAAAAUACCAUGACAAAUAAAUAUUUAAGUCGGACUCAAGCCAGGGCCCACAAGGUGUCAUCCUAUGGACACUCCCGAAGCUCGGAGGAUGUUUCAGUACAUGCGAGCUCUAAGACAAAAUUUAAAAAAGGUUUUUCACUGAGGAAUAUGAGUCUGUGUGUGGUGGAUGGCAUGAAGGAAAUGUGGCAUAGGAAGUCCUCUCCAGAGCCUGGCAUAGACAAUGGGACAUUGAAACGCUCGGAACGUGAACAUUGCACAUCAGGCAACAAGGAGCAAGUGGAACCACGGGAAAAAUGGACUCACAAAUUACGACUGUCAAAAAUGCAAGCGGCUAAGAUAGAUGCUGUCGAAAUUCAGAGAGAAGGAACUCUCAGGUACAUGGUUGCUGAUGACACCAAUUGUGUUGGUAGCUCUCAGUGGCAAAAAUGUCGUUUGCUUUUGAGAAAAGCCAUGAAAAUGGAAGGAGAAAGAUUUCUUCUUGAAUUCUAUGUGCCUCCUAAGUCAUCUAAACCUAAAGUAAGCAUUCCUCUCUCUGCCAUUAUCGAGGUCCGCACCACAAUGCCAUUGGAGAUGCCUGACAAGGACAACACGUUUGUACUUAAGGUCCUCAAAGAAGAAGAAAGAAGACGAGCCGGGCUGCGCGAACAAGUUGAUGAGGUAGAAAACAGCGCAGAGUACAUUUUAGAAACAAUUGAUUCUCUUCAGAAACAUUCUUGGGUGGCUGACAUACACGACUGUAUAGAUCCCGGAGAUAGCGGAGAUGACAUCGAACUUUCUUCUUGUGAGCAGGGCGCAUGUCUGCCGAGUCGCGUCUCUUCAUGUAGCUGUGAGUUUCUUGCUGAAGAAAUCGAGACUCAUCAGACCAGGCAACAUUUUUCCAGUCUUCAACAGUCUAAUUUUGGAGCUUACCGACCGCUGGAAAUGUGUGGUCAGGAUGUCUCUACAAUAUCUGCUUUUCCUUAUCCUCCACCCGCGGCAACUCCUCAGGUCCGGAGCCGGGAGCAUGCUUCAGUAGACCACCUCAUACACGUCCCUCUAGAGACCUUCCUGCAGACCUUGGAGAGUCCUCCGUCUAACCAAGGAGCAGGGGAAGAAGCGGAGAAAGAUGCAGAAAUCAAUCUGUUAGAGUACCCUUGGUUCCAUGGGACACUGUCAAGAAUAAAAGCGGCUCAGCUUGUGCUCGCUAGUGGCACUCGGAGUCAUGGACUGUUUGUCAUCAGGCAAAGUGAAACGCGCCCAGGAGAGUAUGUGCUUACUUUCAACUUUCAAGGCAAAGCAAAGCACCUGCGAUUGUCUCUGAAUGAGAACGGUCAGUGUCAUGUACAGCACCUGUGGUUCCAGACCAUAUUUGAUAUGUUGAAACACUUUCACUCCCAUCCAAUACCGUUAGAGUCUGGCGGCUCGGCUGACAUCACUCUGCGCAGUUAUGUUGUUGCACAGAACCUAUCAUCUGAACCUGGACCCUCUGGUGUUGGUUUACAGCAACAAAGCUGCAGGACUGAUACUCAAUCCCAACACUACUUUUCUAAUUCUGGAGGAACAAGUGUUCCGCCUGUGACUCCUCCAGACAACUCCUCUUCCUCGGCACAUCCAGCAUAUCACAGAGUGGAAGGGACUCUUGGCGCCAGAAGCCGAAGCAACAGUGCAGAGCUAUUGCUAGAAUCAUCAAAUGGGAGCACGGAAGACUACCAUGAAACCGAUGGGUCUCGGAGUAGGACAAGGGCUGUGGAGAAUCAAUAUUCUUUUUACUGAAAAAUACCAUUUUAAGUCACAGCGCUAAUUCUUUUCCAGAUUUCUAACUUAAUUGCUGUUGCUGAUAAUUAUUAGUAAGCCAUUUGAUGUUAUAAAAAGCCAAAUCCAUAACAGAACCCAAACUGUAUUAGCAGAAAUGUGAGGACCUCAUGUCAUGAAAUCCAGGGGCAUUGGCUGCUAGUGAUCAAGUUCAAUUGUAAUCCAUUAAGUUUUGAAUGCAUUUGUUGUAAAUGGAAGCUGGUCAUACAUUUAAAAGCCAUCUGCCAAGAGAUUUGUACCUAGGACACCGGCUGGCCUGUUACAUGUGCACUUGGCAGCUGAAGACAUCUGUGUAAGUCCCAUGUUCA